AUGCCGUCAAAUGAUGUUGAUAGAAUCUGUGCAAUCUGUGAGAAAAGCCCGGCAACGAUGGUUUAUGGAGCGAUGGCUUGCGGUGGCUGCAAAAACUUCUUCCUCCGUACCACCACAGCAAUCGAAAAGAAACUGAAAUGUCUGAAUGGUGGUGAAUGUCCGGUGAAGUUUGGCAAUAUAAAAUGUAUGAAGUGUCGCUAUGAGAAAUGUCUCCAAGUCGGAAUGAUUCCUGAAGUCACUGGUCGACGACUCGGUUGUAGUCUACGAGAGAAGAGAGCUCAAAGUAAACUGAGCAAGAAGAAGGUAUUGGCCUCAAAAUCACUCUUCAAAAUCCGAGAGAACGGCCAAGAACUCUCGGUCAAGAACUUUGCUCCACAUUUGUAUGAUGGAAAAGGGACUUUGGAAAUUGUGAACGAUCUCAUCAAUACACAGAAGUACGGUGAAGUGUUUGGUAAAGCCUAUCUGAAGCAAAUGUUCAUCACCCAAAAUGUGCUUUCUAGUAUGAAAAAAGGACAAAUGGGCGAUGCGAAAUUUGUUCUGAUGAAGAUAAUUAUUUGUUUCUCAACGAGCAUGCGCAAAGAGAGAAGUGCGCAAAUCGUGAGGAAAGCUUUCAACAAGUACAGCAGUCUUUUACUUGAAAAUCUCGAUCCACGAUUUGGGAGCAAUUUCGGAAAAAUCGUACUAAACAAAGAAAUCGGAAUCUACGGAAAGUUGACUAAAGAGGUUUUUCAUAGAAUG